CACCACGAAGCUCUAAGUUACAAGCUAUCAACACUCAACUAGCUAACGCAUAUACAGCUGUCCGUCAAGAAGUAUAAGACGCCCGGCUUCUUACCUUCUCAUGAUAGCUUCAAACUCAAGGCCGAUAUUAAUGCUCCCAUCAUAAUUGAUUAGCGCGGCUUGUGUUUCGCCUUCGUUUCUUAUUUCACUCUUACCGCCCUGAUGUCAGUGACUUUGGUCGAUUGCCCGUCAUGACAGAAGAGCAGCCCAGCUUGGGCAACGACGGCACUAAUGCCCAAAGCCACGAUGGAACCCAGGCCAAUGCAGAUUCUCCGAACCACGGACAACCUCCCAGUCAUACCGAGAGCACUCAAGACACAGCAACAGACUCGAGAGAUGGAGGCGAGGAUGGCGAUGAUGGCGAAACCGGUGAAGAUGAGGAGGACGAGGACGAAGAAGACGAAGACGACGAAGAUGAUGAAGAUGAAGAACCAAAGCUGAAGUAUGCUCGUCUGACGCAGCAUAUGGGCGCCGCCUAUAGGAAUGGCGAUGCCACCAGUGCGUUCCUUGUCGCAGGGGACAAAAUGAUAGUUGGAACACAUAAUGGAAAUAUUCAUGUCAUCCAAUUACCCGAUUUUCAAUCUUUGCUCGUCUAUCAAGCCCAUACCGCCUCUGUCACUAGCAUUUCGAUCUCUCCGUAUCCACCUCCCUCUCUUCCUGCGAACCUUAAGCCCGAGGCUGUCAAUAGAGUAGUAUCGCAAGCUUCUAGUCGACCGAUGUCAAAACAGUCUGAUGGUUCUUCAGCUGGUCAGCGGAGGUCGCGCGAACUACCCCAGGUUCCUAACCUACCCUCGAAUAAUAUCUUCAUCGGGUCCUCUUCCAUGGACGGCAACGUCAGAGUUCAACCUCUUAUCGAGCUCAGGGAUGUACAACUAAGGAACUUUGCUCGCCCGGUCCAAGCCAUAGCCUUGUCACCAGAUUUCAGGAACGAUAGGACGUACUUGUCUGGUGGUACCGCUGGCAGCUUGGUGCUUACUGUUGGGGCGCCACAAGGUCGAAGUACAUCAUCAACUACAGGGACUGCUGUGGCAGCAGCAUCAGGUUGGCUCGGAAGCAUCGGAAUAGGCGCAAAUACAGGCAAAGACACCGUGCUUCAUUCCGGAGAGGGGACUAUUAGCACGAUCAAAUGGUCUUUGUCGGGGAAAUAUGUCGUCUGGUUAAACGAUCAUGGUAUCAAGAUUAUGCGAACUAAAUUGCAUCUAGAUAGUGCGGACAUCGAAGAUGCUUGGAAACGAGUAGGUCACAUCGACAGGCCACAAACAGACGAGUGGGAAGAGAUGGCCGGUGUAUGGAAGGGCAGGGCAGAAUGGAUCGACGACCAAGCUAUCGGAAGCGACGAGGUAGCGAAGGAAAAUGAUGCGCUGGGCGUGUUGUCUCCAGCCGCUGCCAAGUUAAGCCAACAGGCGCAGAGACACGAUAAAACAAUAGAACGACUUUUGGUUGGAUGGGGUGGAACUAUUUGGAUUAUCCAUGUUCACCCUGGAGGUAUUGGCGUAGGGAAGAAUGCGGGUGAAAAGUCCAUCGGACGGGCUGAGAUCGUGAAGAUACUCCGCAUGGACUGCAUUAUAUCGGGCAUUUCGUUAUAUACCCAAACUCUCCUUCUUGUUCUUGCUUAUUGUAAACCAGAUGAUGAAGAGGAUGAAGAAAUCGAGAAUGCGAAAGAACAUAGACGAUCAGGCAGUGGUGAGCCGUCGGGCGGCAUCAGGCGCCGUCGUAAUGCCCAAGCUCCUGAAUUGAGGUUGAUUGACCUCACAUCUCAAGCCGAAAUUGACAAGGACAGCCUCCCAGUAAAUCGAUUCGAACGGCUUUCUUCCAAUGAUUAUCAUUUAGGUGUAUUACCGGCUAACAGAGCUGCUUCUGUUGUGGCUUCUCGAGGCGCCCUAGAAGCCCUAGCAGGGUUCGGCACGGAUAUGUGGAAUGCUGCUGUCAACCCGAGAUCAUUAUUCAGCUCCGGCGCUAGUGUACGAAGCAGGGAUAGUAAUGACGCUGCUUCAAGUCCCAGAGCUGGCAAUACUACAGGAAGUGUCCGAGCCGCUCCUAGGCUAGCAUCUCGGACGGUACACCCCAGUCUCGUCAAGCCAGGCGCGAAAAUCUUCAUCCAUAGUCCAUAUGACUGUAUUCUCGGGACAAAACGAGAUCUUGGCGAUCAUCUUGAAUGGCUUUUAGAGCAUCAAAGAUAUCCAGAUGCUUGGGAAUUAUUAAAUGAGCACCCAGAGAUCAUGAAUGCACCCUCGGGGGAUGUCUCUGGACCCUUACCAUCCAGCCCCGGCCAGAGACCCUCAACAGCGGACGACUUCUACGAAGAGACGACAUCCAUGGUAGAUGAACAAAUCAGAUUUAUGAACUCAUCGGCAGAGAAGGAGAAACGACGGAUCGGGGAACUUUGGAUUCAAGAGCUGGUUGAGGAAGGUGAUUGGGUGCACGCUGCACAAGUUGCAGCGAAGGUGGUUAAUACUCCUCACCAAUGGGAGAAAUGGAUCUACACAUUUGCCGGAGCUAAGAAAUUCGACGAGAUCGUGGAUUACAUGCCACCAGAGCCAAUGCAUCCACCAAUACCAGGGACCGUAUACGAAAUCGUUCUGGGACAUUACAUUCAGACCGAUAAGCCUCGAUUCAAGGAACUACUUGAUCGCUGGGGGACAGAGCUUUUCGACGCGAAUGAGGUCAGCAUCGCCCUAGAAAACCAGCUAAAAUUCCGCGACGUGAGAGAAGACAGCAUCGAAGAUGGUGAAAAGGGACGUGACUGGCGAAUCGUGAAGGAGAGUCUAGCUAGACUCCACGAAGUAAGCGGUCGAUACCGGGAAGCUCUAAGAUGUUACAUAAGACUUCGUGAUGCAGACUCAGCGAUGCGUCUAAUAAGGGACAACCAUCUUGCUGAUGCCGUUACCGAUGAUGUUGCUAGCUUCAUUGCGCUUAGGGUACCAGAAGCAGAACUUAGUCGUAUGAGUAUCGCUGCGCUCGAGGAAGCUACCUCGGAAGCUAUCACUUUGCUUGUGGACGAAGCACAGCGAGGUCUUAUUAAGCCUGAGGUCGUGGUCAGACAGCUCGAGGAGAAAGACUUAAACCUUUAUCUCUAUUUUUACUUCCGCGGUCUAUGGCAGGAAUAUCGAGAUCAACCUGUCGACGAAAGCGUGUCUCUAGUAGACGAGUUUGCCGACUUAGCUGUUCAUAUCUUCUCAAGUUUUGACCGGGAACUUCUCAUGGAUUUCUUGAAGGUGUCCACCUCUUACACAUUCGAGGAAGCCGUUCAGGAGUGUGAACAGGCUAAUUACAUACCCGAACUCGUCUAUUUGUAUUCUAAAACUGGACGGAUGAAGCAGGCCUUGUAUCUCAUUAUCGACCGCUUAGGCGACGUCUCGCAAGCCAUUAGCUUUGCAAAGGAACAAGACGACCCGGAUCUGUGGGAGGACCUCCUCGAAUACAGCAUGGAUAAGCCGCGCUUCAUCCGUGCUUUGCUCGAAGAAGUAGGUACAUCGAUCAAUCCCAUUACUCUAGUCCGCAGGAUUCCCGAGGGCCUUGAAAUUCCGGGUCUGCGGGAAGGCUUGAAGCAUAUUAUGAAGGAACACGAGAUCCAAUACAGCAUUUCUUCCGGUGUAGCCCGAGUCCUCAGAUCCGAAGUUGCAGCAGCACAGAAUCAACUUCGUAACGGACAGCGUAAGGGCAUCAAAUUUGAGGUGAUGGCUCACUCUGACGACCAUGUCGAUGUUGAGGUCAAAGACAUACCGACCCUCGCAGCAGCAGCGAAAUUAUCAUCGCCAUCCACGACACCGCGUACGGGAACUGCGACAGCUACCGAGGCGUCGGACAUAAAUACAGUAACAAACAACCAUCUUUCGGGCAACAGGCCACAAUCUAAACAGGACCAACAAGAAUUAAAGCCGGGCCACUGCGCAAGAUGCCACGAGCCGUUCACGGAAUGGGAAACGGAGACACUAGUAGGAUUUGCGUGUGGCCAUGUGUUCCAUAUCACCCAUCUCCUAGAGUACCUACAUCCGGGCCAGGCUGUCGACCCCGCCGUCGUAGGGAAUGGAGACGAGGAUCGCUCGAGAGGAGGCCGAUUCGUGGGUAGCAAAGUUACACACGCACGACUAAUAAGAGACCGCAUCGAGGGCGGCUGUCCUGUUUGCAGAAGUAAGAGGGAACUUGUUGAGGGAGGUCACGGAUGAUUAAUGCCCGCCAUUCAUCCUUGUUUUGACUAUAUUUUUUUUUUCUCUCAUUCUAUUCGAAGAUGCAUUGUUUUGGAGUUAGGAGCGCACACAUACCACACGUUGAUGGUUGUUUCAUUUGAACUGAAGUUAAUCGAAGCAUUGGAUACCUCUACACCUAUCCCUAGAAGCUCGAUUGAUGUCUAGGGUUGUUUAUACGCAUGUUUAUAUUUUCGCGGGCCACAUAUGAAUCGAGAUGACCUCUACGACAGAGGCCGUAAUCCAUUUCACUUUU